CACACAAACUUACACAGCUUAAAACAAACAUAACACAGCAAAAAACACACACACAUACACACACACGGACAGACUUGUUCUUGUUUGGAGUUUCGUUUAUUUUCCUAAAAAAAAAUGGCCAAAGUUUAUCUCUUUCGCGAAAUCGAAGCCCCUGACGAUGUGCAGAAGAACGUCUUCGAGGAGGCCGUUGCCAGCGUUGUCGAAAAUGUUUUGGGGGGAAACAAAGGCUGCAUACUGAACUACGGUGACUGGCGCACAUGCCCAGACCUGGACGUAAGUGGCGACGCAGCUCUUAUGACCGAUCCAAAGAAGGGCAAUGCAGUGACACGUAUCAUCAACGACAUAUUUACUCAUGUGUAUACCAUGGAACUGACCAUGGAAAUAAACAUAUCUAUCAGACAUAUCGAGAUAAAUAUGCAGCAGAGCACGCUAGAGUCGCACGAGACUAGUGCAGAAGUCGAUGAGUACAUGAGGCUGUUAAGAGCGCAAAAAGAACACUUCGUGUCCACGCCUAGGGAUGUGUAUGCCUACAUGGAGAAGACCAUGAAGCGAAUUUCGGAGGGUGGGCAUUCGGAGGAGCAGGAAAAUGAUGCAAGCAAAACCAACAACAAAGCAGCACCACUCUCGGGUCACUCGCUCUUCAGCAUUCACGUGAAACAAACCAAUCUAGAGCAGUCCAAGAAGCUGCACGGCAAGCUUAAUCUACUGCACUUUGUGCGGGGCAGCGAGCACCCCACAGCCGAUACCUCGAUGAGCGCCUUGCUCAAAAUAAUUAAGGCGCUGGCCAACAACAACAAGACACACAUGCGUUACCAUAACAUACGGCUGACGCGCCUGCUCAAGGAAAUAUUGGGAAGCGGCGAGACCACGGUGAUCAUCAACUAUACAGCAUCGAUGGAACCACAGGAGGUGUCAGCGAUGGGCGCCAAAACUCCACCAGUAGUGCCCACAAAAGAGGCCAAUCUUCCCGCUGAAGUUUGGCGUUCACUCUACCGCCGUGAACGCUACAAGUAUCGACGGCUCAAAGAAAAGGUGCUCAACCUGGAGUUCUGGGGCAACAGCGGGGAUAAAAUGCAGCUGGAUGAUCUCUUCGAAGGUAUAGAGGACCGUAGCAGUAGCAAUACAGAGCUGAACGCCAGCGAAGGUGGUAGAGAUAGCGGUAGCGACUUGAAUCGAUCGCGACUAGCGCUGGAGAUCGACAAGCUCUAUGGCAAGCUGGACGAGAAGCAGGUUGAGCUGGAGCGCAACUAUGAGCUGUGUCAGCGCAUUGGGAAGCGCUGUGAGGUGCACAGUCAGCUGUUUAGGGAGCAGCACAGCCUGCAGGACGAAAUGCAUCAAAUUAAGGUAGAGGCCGAGCUCACCAUUGACGAACUCAUGGACCUUCAGCAGAUUAUGGAUCAGCUGUCGCAACACCACGAUCAAAGUACCCAGCAGCUCGAACGCAAGAAUGAAAUGCUUCAACGGCUCACACAGCUUCUCGAAAAGGCCAACGAUGAGCUGCGUCAGCAGAAAUGCGACUUUCGCAUCAAACUUAAUGAAUAUUCGGACAUGUUCAGCAAACUCUGGCGUCAACAGGCUCUUGCCAUGCAGGCUCAAGAGGAGCAGCGAGAGGAACAGCUUUCCGAAAUGUUCGACACUAUCUGCAAGGAGCUGCACAAUUCUCACCAAACUCAACUGACCAAGCUGAAGCAGCAGGCGGAGCAGAAGGAGCGCCAGCUCCAGGCUCUCCACCAACAACAUCUGCAGCUAGUGGAGACGGCCAAACAGCAGCAGCGCCAAUACACUAAGGAGAAUGCCCAAGCGUGUGGUGAUGAUGUGCAGCCCUCGUAGAAAUUCAAAUUGUGAAUUGUGGCAAGCGGAGAUGAAAAAAAAACAUGUAAUAAAAGAAGUCCAUACAUACACACGA